AUGGCAUACGCUUUCAUACUAUCUCUCACGCCUGCUCAAAUCCAACAGCGGAGGAAGCAGUUGGACCAAGCUGGCUACUAUGCCUGGCUGACGCCUAUCAUUCUAGUGCUCGCUGUCUACCUCUACCGAAAAGCCACCAGCAUCCUGACUUCUCUGCCUGCCUCAUCAAGCUCGAACCCCGCCGUCGCUCGAGCAGCUCCCUCUCAGGUCCAAAUCAUAACUCGACGCAUCUCCUGGAUCCUUGGAACGACGUACAUCCCGGAAUUCGGCCCUCUCCACGUCCAGCUCACAGGUUUGAUCUACACCGUAUGGCUGUUAUACCUCGUCUUCCACAACACAGGUGAAGAUUACAUGCACCUGACCAAAGCCUUCGGGCAUGUGGCCGUCUCCCAACUACCCGUCCACUAUCUUUUAAGCUUCAAGACCCCCCUCUCACCAAUCACCCUGGCGACGGGGCUCACGCACGAGAAGCUCAACCCGUACCAUCGGCUGCUGGGCCGGGUCAUCCACUUUCUCCUCUCGGCGCACGCCGUCAUGUACAUUCGGUUCUUCAUCCAACUGGACGCCUUGACCAAGCGGAUCAAAGACCGUGAUGUGCGACUCGGGCUGGCGGCGUUCUGGGCGUUUAAUCUCUUGGGAUUGUUGGCAGUUCCGCCGGUCAGGAGGAAGGUGUAUCAUGCCGCAUUUUACAGGAGUCAUGUCCUGCUGAGCGCGCUGGUGCUACCGGCCUUGUUCUUCCAUGUUCCGUACACGAGGAAGUAUAUCCUCCAGGCGGGGCUGUUCUGGGUCGUGGGCGGCAUGACGAGAGGCAAGGCUACGGCGCCGGCGAGGAUGAGGACCAGACAGGUUCACGGCACGAAUCUCGUUGAGGUCAAGCUGACGAUGGACAAGGCUAGGUCCAAUCGCUCUUCCGUGCAUGGCGCAGUGCCUGGGUCGCAUGUGUACAUCCAAAGUAGAGCGUUUGGACCCAAGAGUCCGUUCACAGUCCUCAACGUUGGCAUUGCCUCGUCGUCGAGUUAUGAAGAGCCCAAAGAGGAACUCACGCUCAUCGUACGGAAUCUCGGCGGUCCGCAGACUCGCUUUCUGGCGCAAUCGUCAGCUGAAAAGCGAGAGCUCGAAGUCUUCGUUGAGGGCUGCUAUGGGGAGUGUAACGAUUAUCUGCCUCGUAUCCUCUAUCACCCGUCUGCGUCUUCGUUUCCCCCUGGAGCCAGCGUCGCCAGCACCCACCCGAUCCUGCUCGUUGCCGGCGGCAUAGGCGCUACAUUUGCGCUGCCGAUCUACCUAGAGUUGCUAGAUAUGCGAGGAGGUAGCACCGGCGUCAAGUUCAUCUGGCUGGUUCGAACCCUCGACGACGCACGCUGGGGCAUCGCGCUGCUGGAAGACCCACGCCGGGAGAGCGAGGUGGCUGUCGAUGUCGACAUUUAUGUCACUACUAUCUCGCGCAAGUCGAGCGAGGGUUCUUCUCCCUCCUCCUAUUCCUCGUCAAGGAGAGGUCUCACGAUCCACAACAGCUCGAGCCGCCCUAGUCUAUCAACCAUCAUUGGCCCGGUCCUGCAGGCAUCUAGCACUCGCAGCUCCUCGCCAAUACCACCGCUGAUCUCCUCUUCCUCACGGCGCAGCCCGGACCCGCGCAAAAGAGCCAGAUACUACGACGCAAAACUCACUGUUCUGUCGUGCGGGCCGCCGAGCUUAGUCCGCGACCUCAGAAGUGAGGUUGGGAGGCAUGUUGCGAUGUAUGGACGAGAGGUGGAGUGGCACGAGGAAGUGUUUGGCUUUGGUGGUUCGUGA